CGAGGAAAAUCAAAGUCUUUUUACGAAAUUUGAAUAAAUAAAUUAUCAAAAUGAAUUUACUAUUUUGCUUUGUUUUUGUAUCGAUUGCGGUUGCUUCAGUAACUUCGGCUUCAGAAAAUCGAGAACAACUUGAUAAGAAGACAGCAGAAUGUCGAAAAGACAUUUCUUCUCUUCAAGAUCUUUCACCGCAGGAAGUCAAAUGUUUAGGCGCAUGUUAUUUAGAAAAAUUAGGACUGAUGGACAAGGCCAAUAAAUUAGUUCCGAAUAAAUUGAAUAUGAUAAUGGACCCAGCCACCAAAAACAAGGAUGGUAAAUUGUUUAAAGACGUCAGUAAAGAUAUAGCUGGAAAGUGCAAAACGAUAACAGACAAAGACAAGUGCGAGGCUGCUUUGAAAAUCGUAACGUGUGUACAUGACGAAACUAUGAAGCUCGGAUUUAACGCGGAUGUUCUGUAUUAGGUAAAUAUACAGCUAAAUGUGGAAUGUAAAAAUUAAAAAUUCUGUUCGUUUGUAAUUGUGAAACUAUUUUUUAAUUUCAAUAAAAUUUGAUCUGAC